AUUAAUUGAGAACUAAAGUCCAAGAGACAUAAUGUUGAUUUGUUGAUGUGUUUGUCUUUAUUUUGUAAAAACCAGAAGAAUCUCGACAUUCCAUAAUAUAUUUUAAUAAACAGACAAAUUUCCUGCAAUUAAAAAUGAGUUCUCUAAGUAGAAAAAUUAAUGAAAAGUGUCAAAUUUGCGAAAGUACUCAACAUCUCGUGGAUACGUGGACGGAGGAAUUUGGUCAUCUGCAAGGAAAACUUCAAGCAGUUACCAAUUCUGAGAAUAUUCACAACAACUGGCUAAGAUUUAUUUGCGGUAGUUGUAAAAAUAAACUAGAAAGUCUUUGGGAAUUCAAGAUCCUCUGCAAAAAUGCAUACAGAAAAUAUUUAGAUGAACUGGAUGAAGAUAAUUGUGAUUUUAAUUCAUUUGAGGCAUAUGAAUCUGAGGAUGCUUUUAAAGAUAAUGACUUGGACAGCAAGAAUAUUAUUACAAAAUUAGAAAGUGAAGAAGAUAAUAGAAUGCAUUCACAAACAUUUGAAAUGGUUCUUGUUACUGCUGGAAGCUCAGAAGAGGCAAAAGAUUCAUCAAAGAAAUCCCGCAAGGAUGAUGCUAAAAAACGGAAAACCUACAAAAUGAGAAAAACAAGAGAUGCGAAGAAAAACGAUAAUGACAAAGACAAGAAUGAAAUUCCUGUCAAACGAAAACGAGGACGACCAAGAAAAGAAAAACCUCCGAAGGAACCCAAAGUAGAUCAUCGACAGUACUUCCCAAUCUUGCCUGGACCCUAUUUCUGUGGACACUGCAACAAGUCCUUCAUUGCGAAACAAAACAUAAGACAACAUGUUAAUAGUGUUCAUAGGAAAUUUCUCAAUUUCCUCUGCAAUGCCUGCGGAAGGAAAUUUUCCAAUAGUCAGAGACUGAGAAUUCAUGAAAAUGUCCAUUUGGAGAAUAGAGUUCGUGUCCCUUGCAGCAUUUGCAAAGAAACCUUUAUUUCUCAGCAUACUUUGAAGAAACACAUGAAGUUGGUGCAUCAGGAUGUAACACACAAAGAACUACAUCACUAUUUCCGAUGCAGAAUUUGCAAUGUUGCAACAGAAGGACGAAAUGCUCACUAUGAACAUCUGAAAAUGCAUCCUGAAAUGACAAUUUUCAAAUGUCGCUUCUGCCGAGAACAACUCAAUUCACUGGAAGCCUAUGCCCAACAUGAAAGUAUUCAUUUUGUUGAAAGACCAUUCGUUUGUGAGAUUUGUUCGAAGUCCUUCAAACAGAAUGCUCAUUUGAUUCGACAUAGGAACAUUCACACUCUAGCCAAGAAAUAUCCAUGCAACUUUUGUGGCAAAAUAUUCACUCAAGCUGGAAAUCGAAAGAUCCACAUGAGAGUUCAUACUGGGGAAACACCAUAUGAAUGUUCUAGCUGCUUAAAGCGCUUCACAGAGAGAAAAAUGUGGAAAAACCACUGCAUGAAUUGUCCACAACUUCGAUCAAAUCCAAUAAAUUUAGUUUAAUUUAGGAAUAAUCGAAUAAGUCAAAUGAUUUAUCCAUCUAAGCCAUUGAGAUCAUUUUUUUUAUAGAAUAAGUAUUCUUAAAGAAUGAAAUUGGAACAAAUAUUAGAAACUAGAAAAAAUAAAAGGAUCAUUGGAGAUACUUUUCAAAGUUGACUAAAA